UGUAAUCACCUGUCCGUUUGUAAGAGCUUUCUCUCUCAUCCAUGCACUUGGUGUGGUUUUUUGCUGUUGGGGGUCCUUGUCAUCUCUCUCUCUCUCUGUCUUUCUUGUUGCCAUCUAAUCUUUCUGCUACUACUGUUCUCUCUUUCUUAUAUUAUCCUUGUUGUUCUGAGGCUCAUCAACCGAGGUUGAGGUUCUUCCCUUUUCGGGUCUCCUUCCCUUCUAUCUUUUAGCCAUACUGCAAUCCUUAUUUGUCCUUCCACGUUCCAUCAUCUCAAAUGAGAAAGAGUCCUUCAGUUAUGGUGUCAUUCAAUCACUACUGACCUUUUCCUUUCCUCUCAUUAACACUUAUGCAUAUUUGUUAUGCCUCCUCAGUCACCAAAUACCUUCUUAUUAACUAGCUUCUCUUACUCUCCUCCAUCCUGUUUCCUCUCUUUCUCUCACUCACUUGGUAGAACAACUCUCCAUCUCUCUGUGUAUCUGAAAUGGGUUGGUGUCCCAAUUUCACUAGUAUCCAUGGACUUCGCUACAUCACCAUUUAUCUUCUCUUUCUGUUGAUUUUAAGCUCGACCCAACUGAAAUUUAUGGCUGAAGGUAGAGCAGUCUUAUUCAAACCAGUUGGAUUUUCCCAGCCAGUAAGUGAAGAGAAGGCAAUUGUGAGAGCUCAGAUCGGUUCAAGGCCACCAAAAUGCGAGAGAAGGUGCAACUCAUGCGGACACUGUGAAGCCAUUCAAGUGCCUGCAAACCCCCAAGUCAAGACUCCCAACACAAACUCUUCAACAGUCUUUGGUACUAUUGCCUACUCCAGAGGUGAUGACAACUCCAACUAUAAGCCCAUGAGUUGGAAAUGCAAGUGUGGCAACUUCGUCUUCAACCCCUGAUUCCACAGACAAUUCAAAGAAAUGGUGAACAACACCCAUUAAUUCGGACCCAAGCUGUAGAUAUAUGAAUGAUACUUCUAAGCCUGAGCCAUGUUUCCACUCUUUUCGGAGCCUUUUUUUCAAAUGGGGUUUCACAUUUUGUAGGAUUAUCCUUGUUUUUUUGUUUUGCUUUUUUUUUUCUCUAUGCCCUUUUUUUUUUCUUGUCUAAUUCUCUAGAUCCUGUAAGUUAAUCCUGAUUAGCAUCUACUAAUGCUAAUGUUAUUAUAUUAAUGUAUUCAUAUGCCUAGCAGCUUCUCUGAUUUUUGAAACUGA